GCUCCCCUGCCGCCACGGGCGCACUCGGCCGGUGCUGCGCUGGGGGAGGGUGGCUCUCCGAAGCCGCGCGUCCUGUCGUCGCGCUCCGGAUCCACCAUGGCUUUCGCCAAUUUUCGCCGCAUCUUGCGGUUAUCCACCUUCGAGAAGAGAAAGUCCCGUGAAUACGAGCAUGUCCGCAGGGACCUGGACCCCAACGACGUAUGGGAGAUCGUGGGCGAGCUGGGAGACGGCGCCUUCGGCAAAGUCUACAAGGCCAAAAACAAGGAGACCGGCGCCCUGGCGGCAGCCAAAGUCAUUGAGACUAAGAGUGAGGAGGAACUGGAGGACUACAUCGUGGAGAUCGAGAUCCUUGCCACCUGCGACCACCCAUAUAUCGUGAAGCUCCUGGGGGCCUACUACUAUGAUGGAAAACUAUGGAUCAUGAUUGAGUUCUGCCCUGGGGGAGCAGUGGAUGCCAUCAUGCUGGAGCUGGAUCGAGGCCUCACUGAGCCCCAGAUUCAGGUCGUUUGCCGCCAGAUGUUGGAGGCUCUCAACUUCCUGCACGGCAAGAGAAUCAUCCACCGUGACCUGAAAGCUGGCAACGUGCUUAUGACCCUGGAGGGGGACAUCAGGCUGGCUGAUUUCGGAGUGUCUGCCAAGAAUCUGAAAACUCUGCAAAAGCGAGAUUCCUUCAUAGGAACGCCUUACUGGAUGGCCCCUGAGGUGGUGCUGUGUGAAACCAUGAAGGACGCCCCCUAUGACUACAAGGCUGACAUCUGGUCCCUGGGCAUCACGCUGAUCGAGAUGGCACAGAUUGAGCCCCCACACCAUGAGCUCAACCCCAUGCGGGUCCUGCUCAAGAUCGCCAAGUCGGACCCUCCCACCCUGCUCACACCCUCCAAGUGGUCCACGGAGUUCCGAGACUUUCUGAAGGUAGCCUUGGAUAAGAACCCAGAAACUCGGCCCACAGCUGCGCAGCUGCUGCAGCAUCCCUUCGUCAGCACAGUCACCAGUAAUAAGGCCCUUCGGGAGCUGGUGGCCGAGGCGAAGGCCGAGGUGAUGGAGGAGAUCGAGGACGGCAGGGAGGACGGCAGGGAGGACGGCAGGGAGGACGGCAGGGAGGACGGAGAAGAGGAGGAUGGAGACGAGAAGGAUGCCGUGAGUGCUGUUCCGCCCCUAGUCAACCACACUCAGGACUCCUCCGCCAAUGGAACUCAGCCAAGCCUCAACUCUGACAAGCUUCUCCAGGAUUCUUCCACCCCACUGCCUCCCAGCCAGCCUCAGGAGCCUGUGAACGGGCCCUGUAACCAACCCUCAGGGGAUGGAUCCCCCCAGAACACCAGCCCUGCAGAUGAGGUCUCCAAGAGUGACAAUGGCUUAAAGGUACCUGUUCCCCUCCGGAAGUCCCGGCCACUGUCCGUGGAUGCCAGAAUUCAGGUGACUGAAGAGAAACAAAUCACUGACCAGGCUGAGAACCCCAGUUCUGCAGCCAGCAAACCCCCGAAGGUCAACCAGAGCCGACCUAACAGCAGCGCCCUGGAGACUUUGGGUGUCGAGACUCUGGCCAAUGGUGGCCUGGAGCUCCCCGGCUCUGUAACUCCAAACCAUUCUAAGAGGGCGUCGGACUGUAGCAACCUGUCUACCUCAGAGAGCAUGGACUACAGCACCUCCUUGUCUGCUGACCUGUCAUUGAACAAAGAGACAGGCUCAUUGUCUCUCAAGGGCUCAAAACUGCACAACAAGACCCUGAAGAGGACCCGCCGGUUUGUGGUGGAUGGUGUGGAGGUGAGCAUCACCACCUCCAAGAUCAUCAGCGAAGACGAGAAGAAAGACGAGGAGAUGAGGUUUCUCAGGCGCCAGGAACUCCGAGAGCUUCGGCUCCUGCAGAAAGAAGAACAUAGGAACCAGACACAGCUGAGCACCAAGCACGAGCUGCAGCUGGAGCAGAUGCACAAACGAUUUGAACAAGAAAUCAACGCCAAGAAGAAAUUCUAUGACGUGGAGCUAGAGAACCUGGAGCGGCAGCAGAAGCAGCAGGUGGAGAAGAUGGAGCAGGACCACAGCGUGCGCCGCAGAGAGGAGGCCAAGCGGAUCCGCCUGGAGCAGGAUCGAGACUACGCCAGGUUCCAAGAGCAGCUCAAGCAGAUGAAGAAGGAGGUGAAGAACGAGGUUGAGAAACUGCCCCGGCAGCAGCGGAAGGAGAGCAUGAAGCAGAAGAUGGAGGAACACGCACAGAAGAAACAACUGCUGGACCGAGACUUUGUAGCCAAGCAGAAGGAAGACCUGGAGCUGGCCAUGAAGAAGCUCACGGCAGAAAACAGGCGUGAGAUCUGUGACAAGGAACGCGAUUGCCUUAACAAGAAGCAGGAGCUCCUCCGAGACCGCGAGGCAGCCCUGUGGGAGAUGGAGGAGCACCACUUACAGGAGAGACAUCAGCUGGUGAAGCAGCAGCUUAAGGACCAGUACUUCCUGCAGCGGCAUGACCUGCUGCGCAAGCACGAGAAGGAGCGGGAGCAGAUGCAGCGCUACAACCAGCGUAUGAUGGAGCAGCUGAAGGUCAGACAGCAGCAGGAGAAGGCGCGGCUACCCAAGAUCCAGAGGAGUGACGGCAAGACCCGCAUGGCCAUGUACAAGAAGAGCCUGCACAUCAAUGGUGCGGGCAGUGCCUCCGAGCAGCGGGAGAAGAUCAAGCAGUUCUCCCAGCAGGAAGAGAAGAGGCAGAAGGCGGAGAGGCUGCAGCAGCAGCAGAAACACGAGAACCAGAUGCGAGACAUGGUGGCGCAGUGCGAGAGCAACAUGAACGAGCUGCAGCAGCUGCAGAAUGAAAAAUGUCAUCUGUUAGUGGAGCAUGAAACCCAGAAGCUGAAGGCCCUGGACGAGAGCCAUAACCAGAGCCUUAAGGAAUGGCGAGACAAGCUUCGGCCACGCAAAAAGGCCCUGGAAGAGGAUUUGAACCAGAAGAAGCGGGAACAGGAAAUGUUCUUCAGACUAAGUGAGGAGGCAGAGACCAGACCCACCACACCCAACAGAGCCAGCAAGUUCUUCCCCUACAGCUCUGGGGAUGCUUCCUAACACACACAUGCCUGGGCUGUGGUGGGCAGUACAGCCACCAGGGCCACCAACCCUCUACGAACAAGUGACUCAGGACCUCUUCCUCUUGCUUCUGUGCCAGCUCCAACUACUCAGCACCCCAGUUGUCCACAGCACCACCCCAGUGCUUCUGAUGGAUGACCUCAUCCCAACUCAGAUUCCCAUCACCUAGAAGUGACCUGGGCUGUUGGGGUCCGGGACCGAGCGGGAUGGGCAUACCCCUCCUGUCUGCCAAAACACCAACUCUACUGUCUGUGGGCACAAGCGCUACUGCUGACAUCACCACGAAC